UUCCGGGAAAAUAAGAGCCGGUUAGUUGUGAAAAGUCGACUUGCAAGAUUCACCGCUUGGUCUUCAGACGGACCGCAGGGCUGUUAUCAAGGCUGGCUCCUCACAAGAUGGCCCCGACUAACAUCAUUAAAUACUCUUCAGAAGCGGGAUGCAGCUGCCCAUUGGAGUCCGAGCUGCGAGCAGUGCUGCAGCAAAGGAUUAUGGUCCUGGAUGGUGGUAUGGGAACAAUGAUCCAGCAGCAUAAACUUGAAGAGGAAGAUUUCAGGGGAGAAGAGUUUAAAGAGCACCCUCUUCCACUGAAGGGCAACAACGACCUUCUCACCAUCACACAGCCUGAUAUCAUUUACAAAAUACACAAGGACUACCUGCUGGCUGGUGCUGACAUCAUAGAGACCAACACCUUCAGCAGCACCUCUGUUGCCCAGGCAGACUAUGGGCUGGAACACAUGGCUUAUCGUCUCAACAGGGUGUCAGCGGAGCUGGCGAGGAGGGCAGCCAAUGAUGUCACCAAACAAACUGGUUGUAAACGCUAUGUGGCUGGGGCAGUGGGUCCCACCAAUAAAACCCUGUCUGUAUCUCCGUCUGUGGAGAGGCCUGACUACAGGAACAUCACAUUUGAUGAGCUUGUAGAAGCCUACUCAGAGCAGGUCAGAGGUUUAUUAGAUGGAGGAGCAGACAUCCUUCUGGUUGAAACCAUCUUUGAUACGGCCAAUGCUAAGGCCGCCUUGUUUGCCAUUGACAUGCUGUUUGAAAAGAGCUACGAAAGAAAACCUAUAUUUAUCUCAGGAACAAUUGUUGACCGGAGUGGACGUACUCUGUCUGGUCAGACAGGAGAAGCCUUUGUAGUGAGUGUAGCUCAUGCUAACCCUCUAUGCAUAGGUCUUAACUGUGCCUUGGGGGCGACAGAGAUGAGGCCGUUCAUUGAGGCCAUAGGAAAAAGCACCACAGCUUUCAUUAUCUGUUAUCCCAAUGCAGGUCUUCCCAACACAUUUGGAGGGUACGACGAAACCCCAGAAGUAACAGCGUCUAAUUUAAAGGAGUUUGCUGUGGAUGGACUGGUGAAUAUUGUGGGAGGCUGUUGUGGGACCACUCCAGGACACAUCAGGGCCAUAUCUGAAGCAGUCAAACACUGUCAGCCAAGAGUUCCUGCUGCUGAUAUUUAUCAGGACUACAUGCUGCUGUCAGGUUUAGAGCCAUUCAGGAUCGGUCCUUACACCAACUUUGUUAACAUUGGUGAGCGCUGCAACGUGGCUGGGUCACGCAGGUUUGCCAAGCUGAUCAUGACAGGAAACUAUGAGGAGGCUCUUAGCAUUGCUAAGGCCCAGGUGGAGAUGGGAGCCCAGGUCCUGGAUAUUAACAUGGAUGAGGGGAUGCUGGAAGGGCCAACAGCUAUGGCCCGAUUUUGUAACUACAUUGCUUCUGAGCCAGACAUUGCACGGGUUCCUCUGUGUAUCGACUCCUCUAACUUCUCAGUGAUCGAGGCUGGGUUGAAAUGCUGUCAGGGGAAGUGUAUAGUCAACAGUAUCAGCCUGAAGGAAGGAGAGGAGGAGUUCCUGCACAGAGCUGCCACUGUGAAGCGCUACGGAGCUGCUGUAGUGGUCAUGGCCUUUGAUGAGGAGGGACAGGCCACAGAUACAGACCGUAAAGUGGAGAUCUGCACCCGGGCCUACAAGCUGCUAGUCAACAAAGUGGGGUUUAACCCCAACGACAUCAUCUUUGACCCCAACAUCCUCACCAUUGGUACAGGCAUGGAGGAACACAAUGACUACGCCAUCUACUUUAUCAGAGCCACCAAAGUUAUCAAGGAGACAUUACCAAGAGCCAGGGUGAGUGGCGGUCUGUCCAACCUGUCCUUCUCCUUCAGAGGAAUGGAGGCCAUCAGAGAAGCCAUGCAUGGAGCAUUUCUGUACCAUGCUAUCAAGGAUGGUAUGGAUAUGGGGAUAGUGAAUGCGGGGAACCUGCCAGUCUAUGAUGACAUUGAUAAAGAGCUGCUGUUACUGUGUGAAAACCUCAUCUGGAACAGAGACGCUGAUGCAACUGAGAAACUUCUGGCCUAUGCACAGAACAAUGCGAAAGGAGCGAAGAAGGUGGUUCAGACAGAUGAAUGGAGAGAAGGAGGUGUGGAGGAAAGGUUGGAGUACGCUCUCAUCAAGGGAAUAGACAAGUAUGUGGUGGAGGAUGUGGAGGAGUGUCAGGCUCUCGUUGACCGCUACCCUCGACCCCUUCACAUCAUCGAGGGCCCUCUGAUGAACGGCAUGAAGGUGGUGGGAGAUCUCUUCGGAGCUGGGAAGAUGUUCCUUCCACAGGUGAUAAAGUCGGCUCGUGUUAUGAAGAAGGCGGUGGGCUAUCUGAUUCCUUUCAUGGAGAAGGAGAGGGAGGAGAUGAUGGCAUUGUCGGGCUCAACUGAGGAAACGGUCAGUCACUACUAA